ACCAACGCAGUAGUAGAGGAAGUGUUGUGGCCAUCUCUUCAACUCUCACGAAGACGAUGGAAGAAACCUCCGAUCAUCCGAAUCCGACUACAUCCACUCCCGGAACCACGCCGGAGCUCGAUCCGAAGACCAUGCGUUCUUCAAAACCCGGGUUAAAGCGCCUCCUCAUCACCACCACCGUACUCUUCUCGUUCCUCUCAGGUCUGCCGUUUCUAUGGAAGUCAGUCGAAAUCUACCGAUCUCAAUUACCUUUCCACGACAUCGACUCACUCUCGGACCAAAUAAAGUCGACGCCUUUGCGGUUCCCCUGUACUUUUCACGCCGUAUUCAUUGGGUUCGGGUCCAACGAUCCGGAUCAGUUGCGAUCUGAGAUACAAGACGGUGUGAAUCAGUUGACCGGUGGAAGUUCACAGUGUGGCUCUUGCAAUGUGUCUAUCUCCGUCACGGUUCAAAGCCCAGAUGAGCUCUGCUCUGAGACCUUUCCUUCCACGUGCUCUUACCGCUGCGGAGUGAUCAAAAGAGAUUCUUUUGGUGGUGGGUUGGAUGAUGAGGUGGAUGAGUCGUUGGAUGAUGUGUUUGGUGGAUGUUCUGGGGGUAUUGGGAAGAUGUAUAGUGUUGUUGUGGUGAAUAAAGAGAAGGGUAAUGGUGGUGGAGAUGAGGUGAAGGCUGUGGUGGGGAAGAGGAGGCAUGCGUGGAUUGUGGGGAGUGGGUUGGAAGAGAGGUAUGGAGAGGUGGUGGGUAGAGUUUCUGAGGUUUUUGUUAAUGUGUUUAUGAAUGGUGGAAGAGAGGAGGGAGACUCUAUUCGUGGGGAGUUUAUGCCUGUGGGAUCAGAUGGGAGGCUUGUUCUUUCUUUUAGCCUGUUAAAUUCCAAUCCACGUGAUUGGAUCUAUGAUUGGGACUUUCAGAGGAUAGACGAGGGAUUGUUAGCUCCUGUGACUAAGGCUUUAGCGCCUAUAGCUGAUAUAAGUGUUGAAAGUCAGGUUUUGUAUCACACACCGAAGUCUUCGUUUUCAUCUUGGGAUGAAAAACUUCAGAGCUACAUCUUCAGGACCAGUGAUCUUCCCUUCUUUGUGAACUCGAACGAAUGGCACUUGGAUACUUCUGCUGGAGCCAGUGGACGGUCCAAAAUACUGCAAUUUGUGGUAUAUAUUCCAUCUGGAAAAGAAUGCCCUCUUCACUUGCAGUUGCCAAAUGGGGAGAUAUCUAAAACAAAUGGCUUCAUAUCUCCGAUGUGGGGCAGUGUGAUUGUAUGGAACCCGAGAAAUUGUGAUAAGGAUUCUGAAAGCCCAAGCAGGAACAUGAUAUCGCCUCAGGAUCUAGAGCAAAUAGUUGAAGUUUUCUUGGGGCAAUUUCGACAACUUUUUGGUUUUAAGUCGGAAGCUAUUUAUACCAGUGAAUUGGGCAGUUACAAGAUAUUACCUAGUGAAAGAGGCUUUACAGAGUGGGAACUGGAUGUCUUGUCACGGAAACACACGUGUUUCAAUCUCCACUCUUGUGCAACAACCCUCGGCUCUCUUUCUAGAUUGGUUCAGUCACUCCCCAGGAUGAUAAUCAAGGAUGAGAUUGGAGAACAAGUGAAAUACUCUCUGAAAGCAGCAAAGUUGGCUCAAUCCAAUGCUUCUCUGGGUGGAUACAGUUCUUCAGCCAGUUCAUCAAGAGAAGCAAGGUCUCUAGCUGAGAAUGCCUUCUUCCAUCCAUCCAUCAUGUCCGUCAGCUACUUCUCUUACGAACAUUGCUUUGCUGUGUACUCGCCGUUUUUCCUACCUGUUGCUGGACACGUUGUCCUUGCAGCACUACGGGAGUGGAAAAGAUACAAACAAGAGAAGGCAAAGUACUUGACAUGGCUAACCAGGAAGAAGACGGCCUAGGACCCUGUGGUCACUUUGAACAUUAGUGUAAACCCUUUUCAUUUUUACAGAUCCUUUGUAAUUUCUAAGCUUUUUGGUUGUUUGUAUUCAAAAUUACGCAACAGCAUUGUAUCAGAGAAGAGACCAUAGAUUUUUGACUGAUUUAGUUUCUGAGUUUUCCUACGCU